GAGCUCUCACACAGAUGAGAAUUUGUCCUUCUCUUGCUGUACUUUUCUUUUCCAGACCUUUGUGCUCUUUGAAAGUGUAUCUGCCUGUGAGGUGAUAAGAAUUUCCCUAGGAUGAGAUGGAUUCUAAGACAAAUACACCUAGGAAAGAGAGUGUGGAGAAUCUAGUUGCUGAUAGAAAGGAAGGAAUUGGUGUCUGUGGUUGGAUCCUGGUUUCCCUUUCUUUCCUCUUUGUGGUUCUAACGUUCCCUUUCUCCAUCUGGGCGUGUGUCAAGAUCAUCAAAGAAUACGAACGUGCGGUUGUAUUUAGGCUGGGACGCAUAUUGCCUAAAAAAGCCAAGGGUCCAGGUCUGCUUUUGGUACUUCCAUGUACAGAUGUUUUUACCAAGGUGGAUCUGAGAACUGUUACCUGGAACAUUCCCCCGCAAGAGAUCCUCACAAAAGAUUCUGUAACUACCCAAGUUGAUGGAGUGGUCUACUACCGAAUCUACAGUGCGAUCAGUUCAGUGGCUAAUGUCUCUAAUGUCCAUUUGGCAACUUACCUGCUGGCACAGACAACUCUGAGAAAUGUUCUAGGCACACAAAACUUGUCUCAGAUCCUGUCCAGUAGGGAAGAGAUUGCCCAUAAUAUUCAGGCUAUGCUGGAUAGUGCCACUCACAAAUGGGGAAUCAAAGUUGCACGUGUGGAAAUCAAAGAUGUCAGGAUCCCUGUGGAGAUGCAGAGGGCUAUGGCAGCUGAAGCAGAAGCAACACGAGAGGCUAGAGCUAAGGUUGUAGCAGCUGAAGGAGAAAUGAAUGCUUCAAAAGCACUCACACAGGCCUCCACAGUGCUGGUUGAAUCUCCAGUAGCACUUCAACUGCGCUACCUGCAGACCUUAACCACAAUGGCAACUGAGAAGAACUCCACCAUUGUCUUCCCUCUCCCUAUUAGUAUGGUGCCGGGUUUGUAUAAGAAUAAUGGAGAAAAAAAAUAGGUAGCAACUGAAUACAUGUCUUUACUGCAUCAGAGGGUAUGAAGGAGUGUCACCAGGAAAACAUGUUCUUCCCACCUGCUUUUGCUACAUCUGUGACACAGCAUUCAGAGCAGAAUUGAGUGAGCAGGGCAUAUAUUCAUGGUAACACUCCCUACUGCUGUCCAACAUGGUCUAGACAUAGUGAGACCCUUUUCUACUUUUUCCAUAUCAAGAAGUGUUUCAAGCAGUUGCAAAAGUUCAGAGUUAAAGUAGAGAAGCUACUUUGAUAGCACACAUCAAAAAGUGGUUAGCUAAACUGGGAUGGGAACGUGAAAUCUGAAUGUCUUGAAAUCUGAUUGUGGUUCCCGAGUUAAGGCAUCCAGCUCUAGUGACUUAGGUUCAUCUUGAAGGAAAAAAGGAGAAAUCUUUAUCAGGCUGUAGGUUAAACUUAAAAUUAGGCUGUCACUUCUGAUGUCACUUCCUUUUACAGAGAACGGACUCAGUAGUCUGGCAGGUAUUUUGUGGUUGGUUUGCUAAACAGGAGCCUUCCUAUA